UCCCAGUGGAGCUGGAGGGCUGCAUUUGUCCCCACACGGGGAGCAUGGAAAUGGCCUCGCACCGUCCCCAGCCAUGGAGGAAGGCUGGCUACUGCAGGGGGGGUUUACCAGGUCUCCUCUCUCCUCUAACUCACCUCUCCUGCAGUAUACUUCCCAAAAAACAUCCCAAGAAACGUGCCAUUCCCAAGAAUUGUACCUUCCCCCCAGUUUUUAACCUUUAAAGUGCUACAGAGACGUAAUGCAACAUGUAAGGUCAGGGAUCUGCAGCCUCUUCAGUUAUAGGAUGGAUUGUUUGGCAGUUCUAAAUGAAGACAUUUAGAAAAUAUUACAAAUUUACCUUUAUAAGGAGCUGCUGCCUUUGGGUUACGUGAGGUUUGUUUUCUUUAAAGUGUUUUUUCAAUUUAAACUCCUGGCUUCCUGCUCCCCUGUGGGAGUGACGCUGUUCAGGCUGAGUCUUGGUCCCACCCAUGGCUGGAAAAGGCUGCAAGAAAGAUACAAAGACCACUAAAGAAAACCAAAGCGCUUUAUACUACAGAGCCCUGGGGAGAUGGCACAUUUAGGGAUGGCCUUAACAGAGGUGUGUGACCAGAGGGGCAGGAGAGGGGAGCGAUGCGGUGAGACCGUGGAAGGAGAGAUCCUUUACCUCCUGUGGGCACUGAAAAGUUGAUGGGCAGCCCAGGAGGAACCAACUCACCUGGUGAGAUGCAGCAGAGGCCUUACAAACUCUAUACUCAGGUGUUUGUCCACCUGAUUCAGGGGGUGGAGGAACAAAAUGAGGAGGAUCAUAAUUUUUUAUUUCACUACGGGAACUAAGAAAACAGGAAAAAAAAAAGUAACAAGCUAUCCAAAUCAUCCCAUAGACUCUUUUUAGCCAAAAGGUGUGCUUGCUGUCCCAGGGAGGUGGCAGCAGCAACUACCCCAUGUUUUCUGGGGGUGCCUUUCUGGUUUUCCACUGGGGUGUACUGGCCACAAAGGAAGAGAGGAAACACUGCUGUUCUUGCUCUCUCCCUUGCCAUGCCAUGUCUGUGCAUAGUGUUGUAAAGCCAUUUGGAAAGCAGUGUUUGUUAAUAAUACUGUAAUUUUUAUAUAUAUAUAUAUGGUUCAAGGGAAGAGAGUUCCUUUAUUUAAUAUUUUGUAAGAAUAUGAGUUUUCAGAGGUGCCUCACCUGAUUAAAACGGUUUGGUUCGUUUCCAAACGUGCUGUGCUUUGGUCUCUGCUUUGCCAGCAUGGGCAUGAUGGGACCUUUUUGGGGAGAGGAGGGUUCCAAACCAACACCCAGCAUCAUCAGGCCACCCAGGCAGAAAAAAACAGAAGUUUGGGCCCCUUAUCCCAUGCAUUUGCCUCCUCCUUCCAACAUGCCACAAGCCAUGUGCCCAGCCCCUCUGUCCUGUCAUUGCGGGGGCUGGAUCCAGCAUUCCACCCGCUGUGGGUACAGGGACCCCUAUGGGUUAUCCAUCGGUAAGGACACACAUUCCAGCACCUAUGAGUGGCACAUCCUGAGUCCUCAGCACUGCCAUGACCCACAUCCCUGCAAACAGAGCAUUUUGAGGAUCAUCUGGGAUGUUUGGGCCUGGUGCUUGGGAGACAUCCCAAGGUGUCCUGGAGGAACAGGUAUGCACACUCCUCUGCCAAGAGCUUUAAUGAGUCCCAGAGGGGAGCUAGGAUCUCUCCAGCCAGGAAAGACCUUCACCUGGGGGAGUGCAAAUGAGUUUGGGUGUUAAUUGGGAGCAGAUGGAAAGGAGCCACCCCCCAACAACCCCUCCCUUAGGAGGUAAGAUAAAAGUGCAGGGCUAGACUGAGUGCUCCGUUCUCUUUGUUGCCAGGUAAGAGGUGUUACUGUCUUGGAUGGUCUUGCUGAGGCUCUCUGGGAGACGGUGGAGGUUUUGGACAGGAAAUGUGGUAAUGGUUGAGGCUAAGGCUGGUUACAGCCUUGCUGUGCAUUAGGAGCUUCCCUGAGUAAUGCUGAGGCUCUGUGUAAAUUUUCCUGGUCUGCAGAAGCUGCUCAGUACUCUUUGAGACCAGGAAGAUGUUUUGGUAAGGGGGAGGCUCCUGUUGCUGGCAUGUGGGAUGUAGCAGUUACUGUCACUGGGGUUGGCUAGGAGGGAGCUUGAGCAGACACAGCAUUAAGCUCUUGCUGUACCUCUCCACAGUUAGACCCUCUCCAUGGCCUCUUCUGAGCAGAGUUGAGGAGCAGGACCACCAGACCCUGUGGACAUUUUUUCCCUACAGCCAGAAAUGAUGGUCUGUAGUGAGACAGAAGGGGCUGUGGCUAUGGCCUGGAGUCCUAGGGCCCAUGUUGCCACUGUUGUUAGUUGGCUGUGGUGCAAAGCCUUCCUGUUGCUGGCCAUCUGUCUAUCUGCUGCUGCUCUCCUGUACAGUCUGGGUUCUCUGGCUGCUCUGCCCCAGGCCUCCCUGGGCUCUCUGCCUCCUCCCCGUGCUUGGCUGGGCUCUCCAACAUCCCAGGGAGGCACAGGCCACAAUCUAGUAGCAACACGUGGGGACCUGCUCAACAAACCAGUACUGCAGCAGCACGAGACAGUGCCAAUGGGCUCGGUGGACACCACAGGCUGCUUCCUGGGGCUCCAAGGAGACGAGGCCAGUGGUGCAGAUGCUGAGGCAUGGAGCCUGAGGACAGCAAAUGCACCUUCUGCCUCUCCCUUGACAGCUCAGACCUCCCCACAGUGGCAGUCUGGAUCCAGGCAUGAGGAGGGGCUCAGGUUGGGCACAGCAGUGGCUGUAACACUGUCUCCUGCACAGCGGCUUGGUACAGGGGUGCCUGUGACCUCAUUUCUGCUUCCCCAGGCUGUUGAUGACCCCACUUGUGGCUUCCCACAUCCUCUUGCUUUGGGAAGGCUCCAUGGCAUAAAACCAGGCUCACAGGAUGCAAUGCAGGUGCCUGCAGUGACCUCAACCCAUGGCCUUGGGCAGCCAGUGGACAUGGCAGUGCCCCCGAGCCCAGCGGCGAGCUCUCAGGGCAUCUCCCAUGCCUGGGGGGAGCCUGCUGCCUCCUUGACACGGCUGUGGCCUCCCUCCCUGCGCACAGCUGCCUCAGGCCCCUCUGCAGGGGCUGUACUGUUGGAGGUGGUGCCCACCCAGGUUCUACCUGGGGGGACUCAAGGACCAUCCAAUGCAUCAGUAAGUGCAAAGUCAGCAUGGACACUAAUGGGUACUCCCUCCCAGAGCCGUGGCACAGCAGACCAGCCCAGAGAUGAUGAGAAUCUGGGCCUUGGGCCAUCUCCUGAUCAUCAAACCAUGCACCGCAGAGCAGAUCUUGGUCUGGCUGCUGCUCCUCUGGUGCCUCUUCCAGGAGUGCCCUCGGCUCUGCCAACAGAAAGGACAUUGAGUUCAACUGAGAUGGAUCCUGGCACUGUGUGGAUACCCUCUGCUAUGCCCUCUAGGCUGCCCUGGAGCAUGCAACCACCUGGCAUCUUCCUGCAUGGCCACCGAGCUGCUCUCCUGGCAGACACUGCCUUGACCAAGGUCCCAGGAAAUGGCUCUAAACUUCUGGCUGCUGUCUUGGCUCAUGAUGUCAACCACCCACAAGUGCUGGCUCCAUUCCUUCCUACAACAGAGUCUGAGGGACUUGCUGUCACCUUGGGGAAUGCACAGCAGACUCUGCCCCCAUCUACUGAAGCUGCCCCUUCCCUUACUCAGAGCAGGGCCACCAGUGCUGCGGGCCCUGCUGUGACUGGAGUGAGCUUGCCAGAGCCUGGAGUGUCCAAACACCCCUCCAAGGAUGGAGGGGCUAUUGCGGCUUCCCCCUUUCCAAGAGCUGCAGGUGGGCCACAAAGCUCCUCCCUGGGCUCACCUAACCAGAGGCCACCUCUGCAUCCCCUCUUCACAACAGCAUCUGAGGAUGGACCUACUGCAGAGCAAUACCAAACCAUGAAGGUGACAGAGAUGAGUGUGCUGCCUGGACAGAUGACUGUAGCUGAAGAGGAUGGGCACAGUGAGCCCAGGACAGCAUCAGUAGGAGCCAUUGCUGCUCCAGCAGGACCUCCAGCCCUCCCCGACACCAGCACAGGCUCUGUGCCUCCUCCCAGCUCCAAGAACAGCACUCCAGAGUGUUGCUCUGAGGCUGUGCAUCAAAGUGGGACAAGCUCUCCAUCUCCAACCUACCUCCCGCCUUCCCUGGGAGCUGUGCAUGCAGCCAGCUCCUUGCCUGGCUCUCAAACCCUAGCCGCACCAGCAGGAGUGACCCUUGAUGGUCAGUCUGCAUCCAGUCACCUUUUGACAGUCAGAGAGCAAUUCCCUGCAGCUGCAGGAGAGGCCUUCACCCCAGCUGAGCUGAUGACUGGCAAACGUGGCACCCUGGGGAUGAAGCCCCCCACAUCCCACCCGCCUCGGCUCCUCUCUUCUGCGCAGCCUCUACCUGUGCAUGUGCUGCCCCUGUGGUUCCGGCUCUUGGGUAUGGCUUACACUGAGGCUCUGAGCAGCAGGGCCUCAGAGAGCUACAGGCAGCUGGAGGAAGAAGUGAGGCUGAUGCUGAACCAAAUGCUGUCCACCUAUGAGACCUUCCUGCAGGCAAACGUCCUUGAGUUUAUGAAUGGCUCAGUGGUUGUUCGAGGAGAGGCUCUGUUCCGGGGAGAUGUUCCUGCUCCCACUAACUCCCACCUCAUCCGGACAGUUGUCACUGAGGCGAGCAGGAAGAAGAGCAUCUUCAGCUGGCAGUUGGAGCCACAGUCUGUCCAGUCUAGUGGCUUCAGCCUGGAGAACCUGGAACCAGAGAAGCUGUCCCUCUCUCUCACCAUUUUCCAGCUUGGUAGCAGCAGGACAGACCCCCUGGAGAGGCUGGUCAGUGAGGUGACUUCGUCUCUCAGUGGCCUCUACCAUGUGAGGAACUUCACUAUUGGCCAGCUCAGAAACCUGAGUGGGAACCUGGAGAUCACUGGAGACAUCUACCUUGACACCCCCAUCCAUGCCAACGUUGCAGACGUUCUGCAAGCCUUGUCAGCCUGCUGCAUGGACCUGACCUCACUCACGGUGGAGGGAGCCAGGCUUCACCUGCAGGCUUACCCAGUCUCCUUCCUCAUCAUCAACAGACACUUCAAUGAGGAGCUUCUGGAUCCACAUGCAACAGAGCACCAGGAGCUAAGCAGGGAUCUUGGAGAUGUGGUGGCACGAGCCCUGCGGGACCAUAGGAGCUUCCUGCAAGCAGUGAUAAAGAGAUUCCAGCCUGGCUCCUUGAUCUGCCAUGGGGAUGUGGUCUUUCAGCGCCCUGCUCCGACCAGCCUGGAAGUUUUGGAGGCACUUGUGCUCUCAGUUGGGCCAAACAAGGCUUUGGCUGGUUCAGGCUUCCAGGUGGACCCAUACUCUCUUGCUGUGGGAGAGCACACCCUGGAGCCCCCGCCACUCAGACCAGGCCUUCCUGAGUAUGGCGUGGCCAUCGUGGUUGUGUGUGGCCUAUGCAUCAUCACUGCUUCUGUCACCUUGCUGGUGUGUCUGAGAACCAAGAGGCUUGGGUGGUGGGAUGUGCCAGCCCUCUGGGACAGAAGUGACCCUGAAAUGGGGACCCUGACCCUGCAAACAUAUAACCAAGGGUGCUGGGCAUCCUCUGAACAGUGCACUGAGGAUGCUUUUCUACGCUGGCAAACUGACUCUGUCUGAUGAGAGAAGAUGCUGCUGAUGGUGGGAGGGGGAUCCUGAAGAGGAGGUAUGGGGGAAGAACUGCUGAGUAGCUUUCCUUGCUCCUGCCGAAUGCGGCUGAAGAAAGUUGUGGGCUCAGGUGUAUAAAAAUGGUUGGUAUGUUGAACUUUAAUAAACUGCUUACAGAA